AUGUUGAGCAAGAAACUCAAAGCCGUGAAUGACGCCGGAGUUCGACUCGCGGCAAGGCAAGACCUCGAAACCGCCAACGAUGACCUCGAGCAAGCUACAAGCGCGCGAUACAUGUGGGAUUCACCUACGCAUACGGAACAACAGGAUGGGUACGCGCUCGGGAUACUGAUCACCUGUUGCUCCGAAUCGCAAAAGCAGUAUAUCGCCAAUAAGGACACCUACGUGGAAGCAUGGUGUGCGCUGGCCGAACACCAUGAGCCUAAGACACGCGUCGACCGGCUCGCCACCCUAACCGAAAUCUUCAACAUGAAGUGGAACACCAAACAAGAGAGUUUACCACAGCUCCUGGAACGAUACGAGAUGUUGUUCAUGCGCGCCGUGACUCACCAAGUGCACACAAUGCCGCGGACCAAGAGCAACAUCCUCGCCACCGUUCGUGUUGUCCUCGAGGCCGAGUACAAGGCUGCCCUUCGUUUUAACGAAUCCCACGAGCUCCAACAACGACGACCGGGCACUUAA